AUCGCGCAAGCUCGCGAGCUUGUCGUCGUCGCGCUCGUGCUCGUCGUUGCCACCGCCGCCGCCGCCGCCUCGACACUGACAGUCCCCGGUAAAAGGUCAAACUGGUCUGUCGCAUCCUGACUUGUCGGUUUCUCACACAUUCCACCGCUGUCCAGUUGACGUCGAGGCGAGGAGAGAUCCUAAAGCAGAAGGACUAAGCCGCAAGGAACGAGGAGGACGAUGCCGGAGGACGAGCAGGACACGCAGUCGGAUUCUCGGUACGCGAGAUAGUGGAGGACACAUCCGAUGGAUGAUAGUGGCGAUAGUGAACCAGUGAUUUGGGCGCGAUUAGCAGCUUAAUUGAUCAGGCUUCGCGGUUUCAUCCGAUUUGGUGGAUUUAGCAUCCAGAACGAUGGGUUGGGUUCUCACCGGUCUCGGAGUGGCUUUCGUCAUCGUCAUCGCUGCUGGUGCCACGCUUGUUUUGUGCCGAAGAUAUCGCAUCGGAUGGCAAUUCGGUACCAGGAAUGUCUGGAGCGUUUGCGAGGAAUGGAGACAGAGGCUUUCCUGGCUGUGGGCACCGCGGGAAGAAAAGGUGGGGCUGGUAAAGGCUCAGCAUCCAACCGCCCAGACAAUACCAGGCCUAUAUCGCCAGACUGGAAAUACCUCUCAACAUCUCUUGCAUAGCGACAGCGACCUCCGGCUAGAUGCACAAGGCGCCUUUACCAGAUUUGAGGCUGUCGACAGGGAUCUACAUCCGCCUCUCGGCGGCAGCACGAUACCACCUCAACCGCUACGACCCGCGCCUCAGCCGCGGCCGACCGCUCGCCCGAGGCCGUCGCCGCUACAGACGCCGAGUACCGUCGACUACCUCAGGAUGCACGAAGUCGGUCCGGGUCCGCUGACGCCGCCGCCGUCAUUGCAAAGAGGAUCGAUACGAUCGAGAGCCCCCGGUCCGUCCGUGUUCCUCUUUCAGAAUGAGCCGCCCAAGUCUCACAGCUCCUUUCAGCCGUCGAUCGAACGUACCGCUUUCGUGUUCGACGACGAUCCUGCGAGGACGAUAGCGGCAGGCAUCCAGAUGACUCCUUACGCCAGUCAGAACCACAUGGACUCGAGAGCUAUCAGGCAAUUCGAACCUCCUCCUAAAGACCCGUCGCGACUCAGGUACAGUAUGAACCCUUCUAUAGACAACCGCGACAGCGAGGAUAUCAGCGGCAGUUACAACGGCUACGAAAUCGUCCAGAGGAAUCAUGUGACAAGACCGUACACGAGGAACGAGACGAGAGGUUUAGCAAACAACUUCAACGCGAUGAACUCGUCAUCGAACGCCAGUCAAAUGAUCAUGGAGUCGAUAUACGGGCCACAGAUCGUUUCCAAGAUGCUUCAGAACAGCGAGGAGCUGAACGGCGAUCUCAAUCGGAAGAACAGCGAUAUGCAGAAUAUCGAGAUGACGCCGUUCACGAGCGCUUCCAGCCAUCAAGAGGACACCGAUCCGUAUAUGUUCCACGGCAGUUUGUCGAAGGCACAGGAUCUUCAGCGAGUUUCGCAGUAUAUUCAAAGUCUACCCGAUCUUCCUGUUUACGACUCUGUGAACGAGCUCCAAACGCGCCCGCUGUUGUUUACUAACACGAUUCAAGGAUCGAUCAGGGACGAGACAAAAGUUAUCAGCGAGUCGGCUUCGAGUCCGGUGCCGCCGCCGCCCGCGCCGCCCGAUCCGCCUCAGGAGAUUCCGAAAAAGAGUAGUCCAACCACCGGCGAGAAGAUCUUCAGCGCGCUCAGAUCGGUCACUUCGCAGAGCUACAUAGAUGCCUCGGAGUUUUACAAUUCGGUGCUCUCCUCGGCGCAGCGAUUUACUUUUCCCUCGACAACGCCGUUCGUGAACGAUAGCGCCGCAGAUCUCCAAGACGCCGAAUAUUUGCGGAAUAUGCAGGAUAUUUACGCGGAAACUGACCCAGAUAUCACCGGCCUGGAUGGCAUCAGACGAAGUUCCGAUCUUUAUAGUCCUGAACUAAACCUGGAAGCUCACAGAACAGCGCAAGAAGUGUACAAUAGUCUACAAGAUCCACCAUCAUCUCCCUUAUUAGUUAAAGAGCAUCACGAUUCCUACAAUUAUUUAUCAGAUCCGAGUUUUACUCGAACGUCAGAGUCAACCUUUCAGGAUAUUUUUAACAGUUUGGAACAAAGACGUAAAAGCAUAGAGGAAAGAUUGAACGGUAUUCACGAAUAUGUAGAACUCGAAGCUACCGAGCCGUUGAGGAGAAGAAAUAGUCAGGAGCUCUACGCCGCCUUGGAAGAGGUGCAAUUGAAGAGACGACUUUCACAAAGCCUAGAGGAGUCGUAUCUAGCUUACGCACUGAACGAUCUCAAUAGCAGAUCGGGAAAUCGUCGAGGUUCAUGGGGUCCCGAGCCUGAACCGCCGCCUGAUGAAUUCACCCUGAAGAGAGCGAUCAGCUGUGAGAGCGUUUGUUCCGAUACUAGUAUCAAUCUAAACGACCUGGAAGAAGUGCCCAUUGUCGGUCACGUCUGCGUCGGACUCGAGCACGAAAGAUGGGGCGGUCGUGGAAGCGACUGCGAAGGCGAUCUGGCCGUGAGCGUCCUGGAAGCCAGGGAUCUCGUUACUGCUGACGGUUCUCCUGCGCAAGACACUUUCGUCAGGGUGUGUCUACUACCCGACAGGCAAACUCAUGUGCAAACGAGAAUUUAUAGAAGAUGUCCAUCGCCCAGUUAUCAGGAGAAAUUUCUAUUUCCUCUCGAUGGCGGUCCGACAGGCAAAACACUUCUCGUUGAGGUAUUUUCUGACGAGUCUAGCAUCGGCGGCACCACUUCUUUAAUCGGCGAAGCCAGUUUGAAGCUCGGACCUGCGGCAAGGCCGCCAGCUACGACUUGGCUGGUACUCAGUGGACCCACUUUACCCACCCCGCAUCUGGGAGAAUUGAUGUUCUCUCUUAGUUACUUGCCAACAGCGGAGAGACUCACCCUUGUAGUGGUUAAAGCCCGCAACCUGUGCGGUGCGAAUUCAACUCCGGGUGAUUUCUUCGUUAAAGUCUAUCUACUUCAACAAGGGAAAAAGAUACACAAGAAGAAGACAUCUGUGAAAAAGGGGGAGAAAAGUCCGAUCUUCAACGAAGCGAUAAUAUUCAGCGUGCCAGCGCAUGCUUUACAGACUAUACAGUUAAGAUUGACGGUGGCGGAAAUGAACGGUGAUCAAGGUACGAGUCCAAAGGCGUACUCUGUCGGGCACAUUAUCGUAGGAUCUACCUCGACGGGAAAAGCGCUGGCACACUGGAGACAAAUGUUAGCGGCCUUGCGGCGUCCGGUCGCCAUGUGGCAUCCUCUCAGGAAGUAGACACGAUAUCGCGUUCCGAAGGACGACCGGAGCUGGUGAUCUGCGAAAACAAAGUUUUAAAGUAUCAUCUAUCUUCCAAGUACCAUCUCGUAUAAAAUUCUGUGUCACGCCCGCGCUCUUUGAUGUAUUAAGCUGAAAGGCCAUGCAUAUGUAUAAUCGCAUCGUAAAAUAAGAUACAAUCUCGCAGAGAGAUGCGCGUGUUGUCCUAUCUGUCUUCUAUUAAUGAUCAUUCAGACGACGCGCAAUAUUGUUGACGAAGGACUACUUUAUGAGCGAUUCGAAAUUGUACCGCACACUAACUGCAUGGCGAAGAUUAACUAUUUCAAUUGUUUGUCGAUACUGAACGCGUCCUCAAGCACGAACAGGCUCUAAAGUGACCCGCACCAUCAUCUACUCUGAGUUCGACAGUUGGGAAGAUCCGAACGAAUGUUAGAUCGUUAUCCUGCGAAUUACAAUCGACUGCGGAUAUUAAAUCUUCCUUUUACAGGGAUAAUUGGACGUAGCAGAAGGGAUUUGACGCGGCCGACUGAAAUGCGACGCGAUAUUCAUAGCAAUGUGUUCCGUUACAUAUCUCUCACUAAGCAAUUAAUAUGAUCAAGCAAUUAAUUUGUUUUAGGGAUAUUUUAAUUGUAAGUUAAAGACUACGAACGCGCUUGACGCCGUGCGACUGGAAAAUCGAUAGUUGUUAGUGAAUCAUUGAUCUCUCCCUUUGCCAUUCUUACAUCGCAUUUGUCAUUGUAAAACACUUUCUAUUUUCUAGGAGCGAUCAAUUUUGGUGAAUUCGAGUUCUUUUCGACAUCAUUCACAAUGGCGCUUCUCUUUCCUUCAAUGCCACAAGCAUGAUCGAAUAAUUGUCAUCCCCAAAAUAUGAAUGAAUUUUAUGCACAAUUAUCGCUAUAGGUAAAAACGAGGGAUAAUGUAUUUUUUCACGGAUGUACUAAUUCUAAUCGAGAUCGAUCGAUUACGAUCCUCUUCAUGUUCAACAACGAGGUGAUCCACGCGACGAAAAAUCGAGGACCGAUUGCAGCACUCGAUGGUGUCGGAACUAUCUUGAGACUGACAGCUUUUGCAGCAGAUCUUGCAACGAUUCUGUUGCAUUUCGUAAAGAAUAAAUACUGCACGAAUUUACAUAAUCACCAUAGCUCCUUGAUAAAUGUUACGCGUUGAUUUUUCGGGCAAUGUUUUGCCUUUCAAAAACUGAGGGUCACAAUUUUUGACUAUCAUUAGAAUUUAACUAGAUUAGACGUAAGAGAAGAUUGUUGUAAAUUAGUAUGUAAGAAAGAAGCUAGACAUUUCCACAUGUCAUUAUCUCGCAAAGAAAUUCAUGUUGUAUGAUGAUGACCCGAGUUGCGACGUGAGUGCCUAUUUCUUCGCGAUUUUCCCCGAAAGUUGGUUGAAUGUUUCUUGAAUUUGUUGUAAUAUUCUGCUAUACUUAUAGCAAAUAAGUUUAGUCAGAAUUCAAUGAAAUUUAUUUAAUCAAUUGUCAAAAUUCAGAGUAUUGUUAACAUUUUCAAAUUAGACCGAAGUAAAAAAGACUGUAUCUUU